CUUCUGCUUCAGAAAAUCCGAAGCUAUGGCAGCUACUCUUCUCUCUCUUCUUCAUCCAAACUUCUCAUCUGAAAAAGUUUACAGAAAGCCAGUAGCUGUUCUCAUCAAUGCCCAGAAGAUGCGGGUCCAAUAUGCACUGAAGCAGGGGCAGAACCGUCUUUCCCACCAGCUGCCCUCUGGCCUGAACAUGGAGGUCAUUGAGCAGAAAUCUUCUGGAAAUAAGGACCCCGAUGAAACAAAUAGUGAAAACCCGCCUCUGGUUUUUGUUCACGGAAGCUAUCAUGCUGCUUGGUGUUGGGCUGAGCAUUGGCUGCCUUUCUUUUCUGGGUUUGGCUAUGACUGCUAUGCUGUCAGUUUGUUGGGUCAGGGUGACAGUGAUGCCCCUGCUGGUUCUGUUGCCGGUUCUCUCCAGACACAUGCAGGUGAUAUUGCUGACUUCAUCCACAAAAAUCUCGGGCUGCCUCCUGUGUUACUUGGACACUCAUUUGGAGGACUUAUAAUUCAGUACUACAUUGCAAGUAUCAAAAGUGAACAAUUGUUAGAAAAGGGAAAACUAUUCCCCAAUCUUACUGGUGCUGUGCUUGUCUGCUCUGUACCUCCAUCGGGUAAUAGUGGGUUAGUUUGGCGGUAUCUAUUUUCCAAACCUGUAGCUGCUUUUAAGGUGACGCGCAGCUUGGCAGCCAAAGCAUUUCAAACUUCUCUUUCCCUUUGCAAGGAAACAUUCUUUUCUCCGACAAUGGAGGAUGAUCUGGUUCUCCGUUAUCAGGAGUUAAUGAAAGAAAGUUCAACGAUGCCAUUGUUUGAUCUGAGGAAGCUAAAUUCUUCUCUUCCAGUUCCGUCAGUGCCAAAAUCUUCAAUUGAAGUUCUUGUAUUGGGUGCAAAGAAUGACUUCAUUGUGGACGCUGAAGGACUCGACGAAACAGGAAGGUUUUAUGGUGUUACGCCAAUAUGUGUUGAAGGAGUUGCCCAUGACAUGAUGUUGGAUUGUUCCUGGGAGAAAGGUGCAAAAGCUAUCCUAUCUUGGCUAAAUGGUUUGAAGAAUUGAAACCUAUUUGGAUUUUGGAUCGUGAAGGAACAAAAACUACUGACUAGAGAGUGGACAACGUUCCUUCCAUAUCUGGAAUCCAGAAGAUGAUUCUGAUGUUGCUCCAGCUCCAUUUCAAGUUUUCUGUGUAAGGGACCUUGUGCAACCUGAAAAUAAAGUUCUCUCUUGUGUUAACAAUGUUUCAAAGUGAAUAAUACUUUCGAGAACAUUAAAUUUCGUGGA